UCCGGGUCGUCGUGUGAGGUUAGGUCGAAGAUAUUGGCAAGUUCGGCAACGUUCCAGCUUUUCGUAGCCGCGUCUUUGGGAUUUUAAGAAUAAGAUGCUGUUGCGGUGCGGCCUGAGGACUCUGCAGGCUCUGGCCAAGCCACGGCCCGUGGUGACAGACGCACGCAUGGCCGCCCUCCACACGACCUGGUGGCAGAGCGCACCCAGCAAGCGAAACAAACUUGAACUCAAACGCCGGCUGAAGGCCGAGCAGAAGGCCAAGGAGAAGGCCGAGAAGGAGGCCACCAAGGCGGCUGCCGCUCCCGCCGAUCAGCAGCCAAAGAAGAAGAGCGCCGCCGCCGAGGAGGAAGAGAUCUCGCCCAAUGAGUACUUCAAGCUGCGCUCCGCCGCCGUCCAGGAGCUGAAGCGCUCCCCCGCCACGGAUCCCUAUCCACACAAGUUCCACGUCAGCAUCUCGUUGGAGAACUUCAUCGCCCAGUACGAGAACAAUCUGCAGGACGGCCAGACGCUGGAGGACGUCACCCUGAGUGUGGCGGGACGUGUCCACGCCAUCCGCGAGUCCGGCGCCAAGCUCAUCUUCUACGAUCUGCGCGGCGAGGGCGUCAAGCUGCAGGUGAUGGCCAGCGCCAAGUCUUACAAGUCGGAGAAGGACUUUGAAGUGGACACGGCCAAGCUACGACGCGGCGACAUCAUCGGCGUGGUCGGCCACCCCGGCAAGACCAAGAAGGGCGAGCUUUCGGUGAUGCCCACGGAGAUCCAGCUGCUGUCGCCCUGCCUCCACAUGCUGCCCCACUUGCAUUUCGGUCUCAAGGACAAGGAGACUCGCUACCGUCAGCGCUACCUCGAUCUGAUCCUGAACAACAAAGUGCGCGAGAACUUCCAGAUCAGGGCCAAGAUCAUCUCGUAUGUGCGCCAGUUCCUGGAUCGUCUGGGCUUCCUGGAGAUCGAAACUCCGAUGAUGAACAUGAUCGCCGGCGGCGCCACCGCCAAGCCCUUCGUCACCCACCACAACGACCUCAAGAUGGACCUGUUCAUGCGCAUCGCUCCCGAGCUGUACCACAAGAUGCUGGUCGUCGGUGGCCUGGAUCGCGUCUACGAGAUCGGUCGCCAGUUCCGCAACGAGGGCAUCGAUCUCACCCACAACCCAGAGUUCACCACGUGCGAGUUCUACAUGGCCUAUGCUGACUACGCCGAUGUCAUGGACAUCACCGAGCAGCUCGUCUCCGGCAUGGUCAAGUCCAUUCGUGGCUCCUACAAGAUCAUCUACCAUCCCGAGGGACCCGAAGGCCCCGAGCAGGAGCUGGACUUCACACCGCCCUUCAAGCGGGUGUCGAUGAUCAAGACGCUGGAGGAGAAGCUGAACGUCAAGUUCCCCUCGGCCGAUACCUUCAACACCCCCGAGACCAACCAGUUCCUGUCGCAGCUGUGCGUCAAGCACCAGGUGGAGUGCCCGGCACCGCGCACCACCGCCCGCCUGCUGGACAAGCUGGUCGGCGAGUUCAUCGAGGAGUUCUGCGUGAAUCCGACCUUCAUCUGCGAGCAUCCGCAGAUCAUGUCCCCGCUGGCCAAGUACCAUCGCAGCAGCCCCGGCCUGACCGAACGCUUCGAGCUGUUCGUGGCCAAGAAGGAGAUCUGUAAUGCCUACACCGAGUUGAAUGAUCCGGUGGUGCAGCGCGAGCGCUUUGAGCAGCAGGCCAGCGACAAGGCGGCCGGCGACGAUGAGGCCCAGCUGGUGGACGAAAACUUCUGCACGGCGCUGGAGUACGGCUUGCCGCCCACUGGUGGCUUUGGCAUGGGCAUCGAUCGACUGGCCAUGUUCCUCACAGACUCGAACAACAUCAAGGAGGUACUGCUGUUCCCCGCCAUGAAACCGGAGGAGGCCAACCGUACAGCAGCUCCAGAGGCAGCUGCUGUUCCCGGCAAUCAGCAGUGA